UCUUGAGAUGUCAAUAUCUGCGAAUUUUUUGCGAAGUCGUGUUUGCAGUUUUGGUGCAUUGGUGAAAGAAGUUCCUUCCAGAUAUAUUUUUACUAUUAGAAUGUCUGAAAAGCCGGCAGAUUACCUUGCUACCAAUGGUUUUGAAAGCAAAACUCCAUUCUUAAUCGGUGUAGCGGGCGGGACAGCGAGUGGAAAGUCAACAGUAUGCCAACGCAUAAUGGAGAAAUUGGGACAACAGCACAAAGAACAAACAGAGAGACGAGUUGUCUGUAUCAGUCAAGAUUCCUUCUACCGAACUCUCACACCGUCAGAGCGGCUCCGAGCUGAACGUGGACAGUUUAACUUCGAUCAUCCUGAUGCUUUUGAUGACAAGAAACUGCUUGCCAUUCUGAAAGAUAUUCUAGCUGGAAAGAAAGUUGAAGUCCCAGAGUAUGAUUAUAUCACAAAUUCUAUAAGCCCGCAUCGCUCACACACAAUCUACCCAGCUGAUGUUGUGCUGAUUGAAGGCAUCCUGGUAUUUUAUUUCCCGGAGGUGCGGGAACUCUUUCACAUGAAGCUGUUUGUAGACACUGACUCAGACACACGACUUGCAAGACGAGUCCCUCGUGACAUAAUGGAGCGUGGCAGAGACUUGGAGCAAGUACUCAAUCAAUACAUGAACUUUGUGAAGCCUGCAUUUGAGGAGUUCUGCUUACCGACUAAGAAAUUUGCUGACGUCAUCAUACCAAGGGGCGCUGAUAAUUUAGUGGCUAUUGACUUAAUCGUACACCAUAUAUGGGAUAUUAUGUACAAGAAGAGACCAGCGGCGAAAGUUGCGAAUGGGACUUGCAAUGGAACACAUCUGGAAGUUGAUGAGGGGAAUGGAAGAAGGAUGUCAGGAAGUUCGGAGGAUACUCUAAGCCGAUAGCUAAUGCACAAAUCGGGAUGUUCCAUUUUGGAUCUGUGACUGACGCGGUUCGGAAUAUUUUUUUUUUCUUGUCUUAUAUUCCAUUUUAUUUCAGUAUUUUCUAACAAAGUCUGUUCCCAUUUGAUCAAUCUUAACUAUAUAAGUGUCAUAACUUCAAGAAACAUUUUUCCAAUUCGAAAGGUAGAAAAAGAUUCGAAAAAAAUACAGAUUUUUUUAA